AUGAAGAAAUGCAAGCUGGAUGUGGGUGUUCAGACCAUAACAGCAAAGAGAAAAACAAAGAGACUGAAAGAAGGUCACUACAUAGAUCAGUACAACAACCUUGUUGCUUACAGGAAGGAAUUAUUGAGAAGUAAUCCGGGUUUAACUGUGGAGAUCAAGACUUGUAUGGAUGGUGACAUAAGGAGAUUUCAGAGGAUGUACAUUUGUUUUGCAGCAUGCAAGAAUGGGUGGAUGAAUGGUUGCAGGCCUAUAAUUGGUUUGGAUGGGUGUCACAUAAAAGGGCACCAUCCUGGACCGCUAUUAGCAGCAGUUCACAUACAUGCAAACAAUGGGAUGUUCCCAAUUGCAUAUGCCAUUGCUGAGACUGAGAACCAAGAAACAUGGACUUGGUUUCUUGAGCUGCUGAAAUGGGAUAUCAAGAUAGAAAGAGGUAGCAGCUACACAUUCAUCACAGAUAAGCAAAAAGCUCUGGGAAAUGCAAUUGCAGAUAAUGCUUGUUGGUUUCCAAAUGCUGAACACAGACACUGUGUUAGACAUUUGUAUAACAAUUUCAAGGCCAAGCAUCCGAGGGAGGAGCUAAAACAAUUGGUUCGGAAUGCAGCAAGAUCAAGCACUGUGGUGUGGUUCAACAAGCAUAUGGCUGAUUUGAGGGAGCUCAGUGAGAGAGCUUGGAGUUGGUUUCAGGACAAGAAUCCAGCACAAUGGUCUAGGGCUUACUUCAGAGAUGAGACCAGGUGUGACAUACUGCUUAACAACCUCUGUGAGUCUUUCAAUGCAGCCAUUGUGCUAGUUAGAGAUAAGCCUAUCCUAACAAUGUUAGAAAAUAUUAGAAUGGAUAUGAUGGUGAGGCAAUCAAAUAGAAGAGUGGCUUGUGAAAGGUGGAAGGAUUUGGUUGGACCUAGAAUCAAGAAGAUCAUUGACAAGAUUGGUCAGAGAGCAAUAGAAUACAGAGCACAUAGAACUGGCGAGUUCAUAUUCCAGAUCACUGUAAGGUUUAAGAAACAGGAAGCUGCAUUAUAUUGUAACGACUAUCUUAUUCCCUCAACCUAUAUGGAGGCCUACAACCUCAUAAUCUACCAUAUUGCUGGCCAAGAGGAUUGGGAACCUGUUGAUUACCCCAUUGCACCUCCACUUUUCAAGCAACAACCUGGUAGGCCUGAGAUGAAAAGGGUGAAGGAACCAAGAGAGAGGAAUCAGACCACAGCCCCACCUGCACAUAAAGAGGGGAAGUUGCCUAAGGCUGGUAUCAAAACAUGUUGA